GGGUAGCGAUCCUUUGAAAUUAAUGCGAGACCAAGCUGCAGUGGAGGACUGGCCAUCCAGAGCCGGAGGUCAGUGUUACUAGCCGACAAGUUUCUGGAAGUGCAGCAUCUCGUUGUCAUGUUUAUUUUGCAUUGUUUGCUGAUUUUAUUCAACUAAACUAGCAUAAGCCGAGUGUUUAGUGAGAGUUGGUACUGCUUGCCUUAAGGUGAAUGCAGUAAGUGAAUAUUAUCAUCAAUAACGCGUUAGUUGUUUAGCACAAAAGUUCAUACCAAACAAAAACGUAAUAAACGAAAUCUUCUAUAUAAAGUGUUCUACCUUUGUGCUUUGUUUCCUUUAUUUGCUUGUUACUACAUCCAUAGACAACGCUAAAGUCCAGCAUCUUCAUGUAGUAACACUGUGCGGUUAAAUGACACUCGUCCCGGGAGCACUGUACAAAUAUGGCGGCGCUAAUGACGCGUGCUUAGGGUCCGUAUGCGAUAUCUAGUGUAUUUAUCUAUAGGUUCCAUAAUUUUACAAAAUAUCUUCUUUUGUGAUCAACAGAAGAAACGAAUUUGCGGAGAGUAAACUAUGUCAGACUUUUUUUAGUUUUGCGUGAACUAUCCCUUUAAAGGUCAUUUCUCGGCUUGUCCUUAUCCAUCUUCGACACUUUCACACGUUCAUAUCAGUUUAAAUAUGUCCUCGUUAAAUAACUCAUAUAAAUUUUAAUAAAAAAUUAGAAUAAAUUGAGCAGUCACAUGUUUUUUUCACUUUACAACCGUGUAUCGAUUAGUUGGUCUGACAGACUGAGACGCCGAUGCAGGAAAGCUCGAUGCUCGUGCGGAAGUGGCUCUGCCCAAAAUAUGGAUAAAUGAAGUCAAGAAAAAAGACAAAUUAAAAUGUAAAAGCUCAGUGACUGUGGCGUCCGGCUGGAAUCCUCCUCAUCAUGUGCUCUGCCGGUCCCUCUCUGGCGCACACGCGCUGCGAUGAAGCGGUUGCAGUGAAGGAUCAUGGGAGUUUCUCCUCUGACAGACACGCCAGGCUCCUGCUGGCUCAGAUGAAUAAGAUGCGUCUGCAGGCCGACUUCUGCGAUGUGCGGCUGCUGGUGGGCGGACGACGGUUUGGGGUCCAUAAGCUGGUGCUGGCUGCCAGCGGGCCGUAUUUCGCCGCUCUGUUCUCCGGAGCCAUGAGCGAAGCCCACGAGGAGGAGGUGCGCAUCGCUGGAGUGGAGCCACACGUCUUUGAGAUCCUCCUGGAGUUUAUCUACACCGGCUUAUUGAUGUGACGGUGGACACGGUGCAGGAGCUGAUGGUGGCCGCAGAUAUGCUACAGCUGACGGAGGUGGUUGAGAUCUGUGGUCAGUUCCUGCGCGCUCAUAUGGACCCGUCUAACUGUGUGGGAAUCUAUCGCUUUCUGGAGCAGAUCGCCUGUGUGGAGCUGCUGCAGUUCACUGAGGACUACAUACACGUCCACUUUCUGGAGGUUUGCUCUUCAGAGGAGUUCUCCAGCAUGUCUUCAGAUCAGCUGGUGAAGCUGCUGCGCAGUGAGGAGCUGCGGAUCGAGGACGAGUAUCAGGUGUUCACGGCAGCCAUGGAUUGGCUGCAUCACGACGUGCCUCACAGGAAGAAGCAUGUGGUGGAGGUGCUGGAGCCGGUGCGCUUCCCUCUGCUCUCUCCACAGAGACUCUACAAGUACAUCGAGGGCAUAUCCGACUUCAGUUUGCGAGUUGCGCUGCAAACCCUUCUGAGGGAGUACACUGAAGUCAGCAAGUCCCCUAAAGAGAGCAAACCUUUCAGCCUUCUGCAGACAGCCAAGACCCGGCCCAGGAGAAAAGCCCGCAAGUACCUCUAUGCCAUCGGUGGCUACACUCGUCUGCAGGGCGGCCGCUGGAGUGACAGUCGGGCUCUGAGUUGUGUGGAACGCUUUGAUUCAUUCAGUCAGUAUUGGACCACAGUGUCCUCCCUGCACCAGGCCCGCAGUGGACUCGGGGUGGCAGUACUGGAGGGCAUGAUAUAUGUCAUCGGGGGAGAAAAAGACUCCAUGAUCUUCGACUGCACGGAGCGCUAUGAUCCAGUGACCAAGCAGUGGGCCGCAGUGGCGUCUCUGAACUUUCCCCGCUGUGGAGUUGGAGUUUGUUCCUGUCAUGGAGCUCUUUAUGCACUUGGUGGCUGGAUUGGUUCAGAAAUUGGGAAGACCAUGGAACGAUACGACCCAGAAGAGAAUAAAUGGGAGGUGAUAGGGAGCAUGGCUGUUCCUCGAUACUAUUUUGGCUGCUGCGAGCUGCAAGGCUUCAUCUAUGUGAUUGGUGGCAUCAGUGAUGAGGGAACGGAGCUGCGCUCGGCUGAAGUUUACGACCCAAUCUCUCGGCGGUGGAGCGCGCUGCCUGUCAUGGUGACCCGGCGGGCGUAUGUGGGCGUGGCCAGUCUCAAUAACUGCAUCUACGCUGUCGGAGGCUGGAACGAGGCUCUGGGGUCACUGGACACCGUGGAGAAAUACUGCCUUGAGGAGGAGAAGUGGGUGGAGGUGGCGUCGAUGUCGGUCCCUCGCGCUGGAGUAACGGUAGCGGCUGUCAACGGUUUGUUAUAUGCAGUUGGCGGUCGAACUACAAGCCGUGACUUUUCGGCACCCGUCACCGUAGACUCUGUGGAAAUUUACGACCCCCAUCUGGACACGUGGACGGAGAUCGGUAACAUGAUCACCAGCCGAUGUGAUGGAGGCGUAGCUGUGCUCUAAUUUACUCAACACCACCCUAGGAAAUGUGUCUUAAUUUAUUAUGGUUUUUAAAAAGUGUGAGGAAUUAGUUGAGUUGAAGAGGCCUUGUUUGAGGAUUGACUACCAGUGUGUAUUUUUCUUUAAACCACUUGUGUGUUGUUUAAGAUCACAUGUUGUUAAAGCGGCAGUUCACCCAAAAAUGAACAUUUCC